AUGAAAAAAAAUUUUGACAAGCUGUCUUUUUUUAAACAAAAGCAAAGACAACAAGAAGACUGCCCCAAGGGUGACAAGAAGAGAAAGAUCUCUCGUCGUGAAACCUACUCCUCUUACAUCUACAAGGUCUUGAAGCAAGUCCACCCCGAUACUGGUAUCUCCAACAAGGCCAUGUCUAUCUUGAACUCCUUCGUCAACGAUAUCUUUGAACGUAUUGCCUCCGAAGCCUCCAAGUUGGCUGCCUACAACAAGCGUUCUACCAUUUCUUCUCGUGAAAUCCAAACCGCUGUUCGUCUUAUCCUCCCUGGUGAACUUGCCAAGCACGCCGUCUCUGAAGGUACCAAGGCUGUUACCAAGUACACCAGUUCUAAAUAAACAAUUCAUACGUGUAAACGCCCCGCUUUUUCAAUACAAUUAAAAAAGAAUGAUUUUACAAUUCAUUUUUCAUUACCCUACUUCACCUAUUUACUUGUACAGAACUUUUUUUUUUCCAUUCAUGCCAUAAUUUCAUUGUAAAGAAAAUAAAGUAUUUAUUUUUUUUU